AUGGGCUCGCAACGCCGUUUAACGCGUGUUAGUAGCGAGUCGUCGCCGUCGCCAUGUUCUCCGAAAUGUCCAGCUCUCGCCGCGUUGCUUAACACCCCCAAGCGUGGCCGAUCAUUUACGCUUGAUCGUAGGCAGACCAUUGUCUCUCAGCAAGACAGCUUUCAGAUAGUCGCUGCUAGUCAAGGCGAUCGGGCUGGAUCUCCAGUUUCUCGUCGGGCCACGAUGGGAGAGUCUAGCACUCUUCGACAGUCAGUUCUGCCAUCCUCGCCAAGCGUGCUUCCGCGCACGCCUCAGUCAACUACGGCAUUCCCUCUUUCUCCAUACCUUGAACGCCUUUCCUCCCCAUCAGGAGGUGCCUCGGACUUCAUUCGUCGAGUCCAGCAAUCUGGACGCUCCAACCGCGAUACCGCAUCAAUACCGCCGCCGACGAUACCACGGCGUAGUCUUAUCCCAGUUCGCGCGCAACAGGAUACCACCUCCAGUAGGUCACAAGGUUCCUCUUCAAACCAGAGAAGCCAGUAUAAUCCGUUCUCGACAAAGAAUACCACAGAGUCACGAGCCCAAGAGGGUUAUGGAAGGAGCACGAUAGCAUGUGAGGAUACAUUCGAUGAGAACAAUCGUACUAGACGAUCCGGAUCCCAAGAGGGAUUACAGAAACCUCAGGAGAGUAGCUCUGUAAGCCCCUUGGAACGAUACUUGGCUAGCAGUGAGAUUGACUUCGGUUCUUUGCUAUCCAGACGAUCUUCAUCCGUUAGUGCAGACAGCAGCUUGUCGUUCAACCCCACGCAGAACCCCAUGUCGGCAACGUCUCCGCCUGGCGCACGACUUGGCAAGCAACGCCUAGAUGAAGGUACCCAGAGCCAGCUGCGCACCCACUUUUCCCACCUACGGCCACGGCCACAUAGUCUAACGCCUUUUCCAUCGGCGCCUAGCAGUAGUGCAGAAAGCGAGGGAGCCAUCCCGCCAGACCAAUCGCCUCCCGUCGGGCCAUCUUGAUGCGCAGUACCACUAGAGGUGACAAAAGAAUCCAUGGAUAUCAGUCAAAUGGCCUCCAAGGAGGCCCGGUACAUAUCGAAUGCUUCGGUGCGCAUAGAGGGCAGGUGGAUG